AUGGCCUCCAUCGCAGCUUCGACGACAACCUCUCUUCUCCCCCGAUUCUCCGCCGCUGCCAUGCUCAACUCCUCGAGGACAUGGACCCUAUUUGCCCAGCAAGUCACACAACCUGUCCUCCCAAGGCUAUCCGCCGCCCUACCCGCUGUCUCGCUCAACAUCCCCGGCUGGCUCGAAGGCAUAUGGGAAGGCAUCCUGCGGGCCGUGCCCAAGAAGAAGACGACACACUCCAAGAAGCGAUCGCGCUUGAUGGCUGGCAAGGCUCUGCAGGAUGUCACGUCGAUCUGCAAGUGUCCUGGGUGUGGUCAACCAAAGAGGAAACACGUCGUUUGCCCGCAUUGCAUGGAGCAAAUCAAGGGAAUGUGGCGGGGCGCCAACCCAUCCGGAAAGUUCCUCUGA